AAAAAAGAACCUCAUAAUGAAUCAAGAAUGAGUGUCCUUUCCACUAACCCUCCCCCACUUUAAAGUUGACUCUUCCCAAGUUUCAUAACUACCCAAGGCGUGCGGGGGUGGCACAGGUAGGAAGGCAUUAACUAACUACCCCUGAAUCUGAAGUUGCCAGCCUAACCGAGCCACGCGAGAGGAGACUUUCUGAAUCUCCCUCACAACCCGGGCAUUUGCUGUGGCGGAUGUAACGUGUGCAGCUCGUUCCUUUGGGUUGAUGUGGGUCACGCUAAAAUCCAUCUCAGCACUGCCGGCGAUGCCCGAAGCAGCGUGAAUUCCAAGAGAUCUACCAGCGGUUUUGUUUCUAUCCGAGGUCGCUCAUCGGAUCCUGCCCUGCGAAAGGCGCCAACAAAAGAGUCGAGGAGGUGCCACCCCAGCAGCGGCGGGAGGAGGAGCGCUGAGGCCCGUGUCGCUACCGGUCGUGCGUACUCGCUGGAGGGAAGGGCGGGGAACCGCUCCGGGAGGGGGACGCCCGGUGGCCCGGGGUAAACCAAGUUCCGGCUUUGGUGCCCCUCCCCAAUUGACUCCCACGCGUGGAAAGUUUGUAGCCGACACUUGGGGCCGGCUCGCGCCCGCCGGGCCCAGCCGGUCGAGCCUUCGGAGCGGGCGCUGUCCCAGCUCCGGGGAGCUGCGAGCCGCGAUGCCUGGGGCGGGCUCCCGGGGCCCCACCGCCGGAGACGGGCGGCUGCGCCUGGCACGACUGGCACUGGUGCUGCUGGGUUGGGUUUCCGCGUCGGCGCCCAGCUCUUCGGUACCCUCGUCUUCCACCUCCCCGGCGGCGUUCCUGGCCUCGGGGUCUGUGCAGCCUCCGCCAGCCGAGCGAUGCCCGGCGGCGUGCGAGUGCUCCGAGGCGGCGCGCACGGUUAAGUGCGUUAACCGCAACCUGAUGGAGGUGCCCGCGGACCUGCCUUCCUACGUUCGCAACCUCUUCAUCACCGGCAACCAGAUGACCGUGCUCCCGGCUGGCGCUUUCGCCCGGCGGCCACCGCUCGCCGACCUGGCGACGCUCAACCUCAGCGGCAACCACCUGAAGGAGGUGUGUGCAGGUGCCUUCGAGCAUCUGCCCGGCCUGCGCCACCUCGACCUCAGCCACAACCCUCUCACCAACCUCAGCGCCUUCGCCUUUGCGGGCAGCAACGCCAGCGUCUCGGCCCCUAGCUCCCUGGAGGAGCUGUUCCUGAAUCACAUUGUGCCCCCUGAGGAUCAGCGGCAGAACGGAAGCUUUGAGGGCAUGGUGGCCUUUGAGGGCAUGGUGGCAGCUGCCCUACGCUCAGGCUUUGCUCUCCAAGGGCUGCAGCGCCUUGAGCUGGCCAGUAAUCACUUCCUUUACCUGCCUCGGGAUUUACUGGCCCAACUGCCGAGUCUCAGCCACCUGGACCUUCGGAACAACUCCUUGGUGAGCCUGACGUAUGCAUCCUUCCGCAACCUGACACACCUCGAAAGCCUCCACUUGGAGGACAAUGCUCUCAAGGUCCUUCACAACUCUACUUUGGCUGAGUGGCAAGGCCUCCCUCGUGUCAAGGUGUACCUGGACAACAAUCCCUGGGUUUGCGACUGCUACAUUGCUGACCUGGUGACCUGGCUUAAAGAGACAGAGGUGGUGCCCGAUAAAGCCAAGCUCACCUGUGCAUUCCCAGAAAAAAUGAGGAACCGUGGCCUCUUGGAGCUCAACAGCUCUGACCUGGACUGUGACGCUCUCCUUCCCCCAUCCCUGCAGACUUCCUAUGUCUUCCUAGGUAUUGUUUUAGCUCUGAUAGGCGCUAUUUUCCUCCUCGUUUUGUAUUUGAACCGUAAAGGCAUAAAAAAGUGGAUGCAUAACAUCAGAGAUGCGUGCAGGGAUCACAUGGAAGGGUAUCAUUACAGAUACGAGAUCAAUGCGGACCCCAGGUUGACAAAUCUCAGUUCCAACUCGGAUGUCUGAGAAACAGGACUGGUCUGCAUGCGGUGUAGACUUCAGAAACAGGACAACUGUGCAUGAGCUGUAGACUUCAGUUGGUUUUUGUUUGUUUGUUUUGUUUUUUGUUUUUUCCCUUUACUAGGCUUGCUCCACCUCCACCCUCCAUCAUCCACACCAGUGACUUUGACUGAAAGCAGUGAAGGGAUUUUGCUUCCUUGUUAUGUAAAAUAUUGGUGUGUUCUGUUAAUGUAAGAACAUAAACAGUCGUGCAUACAAUGUUUAUUUACCCCUUUCCUUUCGGUAAUCCUCGAUGCCUGCGGAGGGAGUUUUUUGUUUUUUUUUUUUUUCUUUUUUUUUCAAAAGUUCCAGCAUGGACAUUGACUCUUUCUUAAUUCAGUUCAAGGUGUAGCACAGAGAGCAUUCAACGGAAGCUGCCUCAGAUUUUUUGAGAAAAAUACUUUAUUCAUAAAUAUGAGUUUCAUCCUCACCUACGUAAAUUAUGGAGAAAAUAAUUGCAUCCCCAAACUGCCUGCAGACCUUAGCAAGCUCUUUUAUAGAACCUAGUGCACAGGAGCACCUGCAUCCAAGAGCAUGCUUACAUUUUACUAUUCUGCAUAUUAAAGAAAAUUGCAACUUCAGAUAACCUCUUUGACAAACUAAAUUACUUUUUGAUUGCAGUUUAUAGGAAACCGUCCUAAGGGUUUGUCUUUCUUUCUUUCUUUUUUUUUUUUUUAUAUAAACUGCAUUGAGAUCCAACAGACUGGAUUGUUUAAAAAACAAAACAAAACAUCAAUAAAAAGUCUUAAAAGAAACAUGAUGUGUUCAAGUUUGGUAUUUUGAAAUGAGGAUGAAAGGCAGUGAAUGAUAUUGAGUCGUUUUGGUUCAAAUCAUGAGUUAUUAGUUAGCGGACAUGAGAUCAAACUAGAGCCGUGUCUUAUAUAAACAGACAAGAUAGUUCUGAAAUGGCCAGAUUCUUUUAGGGCUUAAAUAGAAUUAAAAUAUUUACAGGGCCAGACUGUUAGAGGUUCCCAAGUUAAUGGUGUUCAGCAUUGUGAAGCUGGUUACAGUGAUGAGUUCUUCAUGAGAAGUAUCUCACAGCUGCUUCCUGGUCUAGACAGAUGAAGUUGUUAAGACAGAAAUAUUAGCAAAACUGAAUGAAGUUGCUCCAUGGAAUUUCAGAGCCAAGGAUGAGUCAUGUGGUGGCCAUAAAUGUGUGAAAAUAAAAUAUCUUAAAAUAAUCUGGAAUAAAAUAUUUUUAAAAUACAAACAGUCUUUUCAGAGGUCAUAAAUUGGAAUUCAGAGUCUUGAGAAUAUUUUCUAAAUAUUCAAAAUGGAUCAAAGAAUGCAUUUUUAUAAUUACCAGGAUUACAUUUAAACUUAAAGAAACACCCAGGGAUAAAUAUUAGUAUUUAGGAAUAAGUGUUAUAAGUAAUUAUUGGGUUUUAUGUUCAGUAUUUAGGAAUUUGGGGGCUUUUUAAAAAAAGCUAAGCUCUGAGCACUAGGUAAGUGUAUUUAUCUCCAUAAGUAAUAAAUCAUAUUUAGGUAUAAAUUGAAGCAAUUCUUCAUCGAUACUCUUCUAGCUC